AUGUCUCAGGCUACAACAGCCUCAGCCACAGCUGCGGUGAACACAGGGCCUGAUGCCAAAGGGAAGGGGAACCCGCCUGCAGGAAUGGCUCCAGCCCCCGGCCCUGCCCUGGCCCCAGCAUCCGUGCCCAUACCCAGUGCCAAAGUGGGGGACCUCCCUCCUGGAAGCUACAAGUUGGUGGCCUUUGAGCAGGAGAACUUCCAGGGCCGACAUGUGGAAUUCUCCGGGGAGUGCUUGAAUCUGGGAGACCGCGGCUUAGACCGAGUGCGCAGCCUCAUUGUCACCUCGGGCCCCUGGGUCGCCUUUGAGCAGUCCAACUUCCGGGGGGAGAUGUUUGUCCUGGAGAAGGGCGAGUACCCACGCUGGGACACGUGGUCCAGCAGCUACCGCAGCGACCGGCUCAUGUCCUUCCGGCCUAUCAGGAUGGACUCCCUGGAGCACAAGAUCUGCCUAUUUGAAGGGGCCAACUUCAAGGGAAACACGAUGGAGAUCCAGGAAGACGAUGUGCCCAGUGUCUGGGCCUUUGGCUUCUGUGACCGCGUGGGCAGUGUGAGGGUCUCUGGUGGAACCUGGGUGGGCUACCAGUACCCCGGCUACCGUGGGUACCAGUACCUCCUGGAGCCCGGCGACUUCCAGCACUGGAACGAGUGGGGGGCCUUCCAGCCACAGAUGCAAGCCGUGCGCCGCCUGCGUGACAGGCAGUGGCACCGCGAGGGCCGCUUCCCCAUCCUGGCUGCCGAGCCCCCCAAGUGAGUCUACGCUCCUCUCUGUCCCCUCCUCAGGCUCAAUGUCCCCACCCUCCCCACGCAAAUAAAAGUCCCUAA